AAGAGCGGGGUGGGCGACUACAGCGGAGCCGCGUUAUUCAGUUCAUAUAUAAAUAUAAAUAUUAUUAUAAAGCAACCAAAUGGGCGAGAACUCUGUGAUGGACAGUUUAUUAUAAUUCUUGUUAUUUUAUAUAUAUUGUCAUCACUUUAAUCCCACAGUGUCUAGCGUCUGUGCAGUGAGACCGCGGUGUAACAGUGAAGUUGAACCCGGCUAGUGAGUGAGUUACCAGAUGUGUGACAACCUUUAUGAGAACUUCCUGGCUCCUGAGGAACCAUUCCCAUUGCUCUCUCAGCGUGGGAACCUCAGUGAGGACGGGACGCUGGAUGGAAGUGAUUUUGGGUUUCAGCUUUCAUCGUGCCAUCGGACUGACCCACUACGUCGCUUCCACACCAACAGAUGGAACCUGACCUCAUGUGGUACCAGCGUGGCCAGUUCUGAGUGCAGUGAGGAGCUGUUCUCAUCUGUUUCGGCGGGCGAACAGGAGGACUGUUACUCUCUGCUGGAUGAUCAGGAACUGGCCUCGUUGGACCUUUUUCCUGAGGGCAGCGUCUGCAGUGAUGUGUCGUCCUCUAUCAGCACCUACUGGGACUGGUCUGACAGUGAGUUUGAGUGGCAGCUGCCAGGAAGUGACAUCGCAAGUGGAAGUGAUGUCCUGUCUGACAUCAUUCCCAGUGUACCCAGUUCCCCCUGUCUUGUUUCAAAACGAAAAUCCAAACCUCAUGGAAACCUGGAUGAACUUCCCUGGAGCUCCAUGACCAAUGAUGAACAGGUGGAGUAUAUCGAGUACCUGAGUAGGAAAGUGAGUAUGGAGAUGGGACUGAGGGAGCAGUUGGAUAUCAUUAAAAUAAUCGACCCCAGUGCUCAGAUUUCACCUACUGACAGUGAAUUCAUCAUCGAGCUGAACUGUCUCACCGAUGAGAAACUCAAACAGGUGAGGAACUAUAUUCGAGAGCACACUCCACGCCAAAGAGCUGCCAGUACACGAGACAGCUGGAAACGAAGUGUGGCAAGCAGUUCCAGUGGCGUGAGUGUCCCCAGCGCCGUCAGUGUACCCAGCAGCAGCAGCAGCAGCAAUGCCAGCAUGGUGAGCAGUGCCUGCAGCAGUACCACUGGAUCCACCAGCUCAAAAUCAUCCACCAGCAUUAGUCGUGCCCACAGUGACGGCAACCUGGCUACUGCUGCAGAGCGCAUCAGAGACUCAAAGAAACGUUCGAAGCAGAGGAAGAUGCAGCAGAAAGCUAUGCGUAAGCGCCAGUUAAAGGAACAGAGACAGGCCAGGAAGGAACGCCUGAGUGGAUUGUUCCUCAACGAGGAGGUCCUGUCACUUCGCAUCACUGAGGCAGAUGACCACGCAGACGACGUUGAUAUUCUGAUGUGACACGAGAACCAAUCAGUGCUCCCUCUACGCCUCCUCUCUCACCGUGUGACUCAUUUACUUGUCCUGUUACUCAGUCACUCCAUCACUGUAAUCAUAAAAAAAUCAGUGGAUGAAACAUUUAAAAAAUAUAUAUAAUAAAAAAGUAAACAGAAAAAUUAAGAGGCCAAAUUUACAAAAAAAAAUUAAUUUCUAAGCUGAACUAAAAGCUCUUAACUGAGAACCUUUUAACUAAUUUAUC